AUGGAGAGAAGCAUGGAGAAACAAGACCUCAGCAUAGGCUCGUGCGACAAACUCGAAAGCUCUGGGCUCGGCACAUACCAGGAUGAACAGCUAUACCAAUUGGGGUACAAGCCUCAGCUGCGCCGCACGCGCAAGCUGUCGAGCAUGUUGUUCAUGUCUCUGUCAAUUGCAUCUAUUCCCUAUGGUAUUGGUAGCGCCCUCAUCAAUGCCGUAUAUGGCGGCGGCCAGCUCUCCCUCUUCAUUGGACUCCUAGUGGUGUUGGUACUAGAUACCUGCGUUGCCCUGUCUCUUUCAGAACUCGCUUCGAGAUACCCUACCUCGUCCGUGAACUUCGGAAUCGCUUCUCUCAUCGUUGCAACUGUAUCCAUCUUCUAUCCCGCCUGGACGGCCUCAUCCUGGCAACUUCUUCUCAUCUUCUACGCUAUCUGCCUUGUCGUUUUCAUGAUAUGCUUUUUUGCCGACCACCUCCUUCCUUUGGUCGACACACUCUCAGCAGCCUUUUCUGUCGUCACAUGCGUCACCCUCGCCAUAACUCUCCUUGUCCUUGCAAAGACAGGUCGUCACGAUGCCUACACCGGCUUUGUUGGGUAUGAUCCCAGCUAUUCCGGCUGGGAGGAGCACUUCACUUUUUUCAUCGGCCUACUACCUCCAGCUUACGCAUUCUCCGCACUGGGAAUGGUGACAUCCAUGGCAGAAGAAUGCACAGAUCCCGAAGUCCAAAUUCCAACAGCUAUCAGCCUGGUACCCGUGGUAGCCGGUGCUGCGGCGCUAGUGUUCACUGUACCAAUUUGCUUCACGCUUCCACCGCUAGCGGACAUCAUUGCCGCACCAUACGGCCAAGCCCUACCAUAUAUUAUCCACGUGGUGACAGGUUCACCAGCUGCCUCAAUCGUGCUCAUGAUUCUCGUUUUAUUUGUGGCCCUUUUCUGCUCCAUCAGCAUCACAACUACCGCCGGGAGAUGUACCUGGGCUUUCUCGCGUGACAAUGCAAUCCCGUUCUCCCAUCUCUGGUCAUCCACUGUCAGGGACAGCCCCCUGGCAGCGCUAUGCUUGGUUACGGCUGUUGAAAUGCUCCUGGGACUAACCUACCUCGGAAGCAGCAGUGCAUUCACGGCUUUCGCAUCUGUAGGUGUGAUUGCGUUGGCUGUGGCGUAUGCAAUUCCCAUCGCCAUCAGUUUGUUUGUUGAUCGCCGCCUGGAAAUUAGUCAAUCGCGCUGGAAGCUGAAUCCUCUCAUUGGAAAGACGGCGAAUGUCCUUGCGCUGUUGUGGAUUGCUUUCCAGGUUGUUCUAUUCAGCAUGCCUGUUACACUUCCUGUCACUAGUGAAACUAUGACCUACACGUCGGUUAUGUUUGUGGGUUGUGUUGCUUUAAGUAUGGGCUGGUAUAUGCUCUAUGGGCGGAGAUAUUUCAAAGGGCCUAUAGAAGAAGCUGAGCACUCAUAA